AUGGGAUUUCUUGGCCACAUUGUUUCUGCAGAGGGAGUUUCUGUGGAUCCGGCUAAGAUUGAGGCUAUCAGAGAUUGGCCUAGACCUAGUAGUGCCACCGAGAUCAGGAGUUUUCUGGGUUUGGCAGGAUACUACAGGAGGUUCGUCAAGGGGUUUGCUACCAUGGCGCAGCCGAUGACGAAGUUGACCGGGAAGGAUGUCCCUUUUAUUUGGUCAGCUGAGUGUGAGGAGAGCUUUAGUCAGCUCAAGGAGAUGUUGACUACUACACCAGUGUUGGCGUUACCCGAGCCAGGGAAGCCUUACAUGGUGUAUACAGAUGCUUCAGGCAUUGGUCUUGGUUGUGUGCUGAUGCAGGAGGGCAGAGUGAUAGCAUAUGCUUCGAGACAGUGGCAGGGCAGUGAGCGUAACCGUCCUACACAUGACUUAGAGUUGGGAGCAGUGAUCUUCGCGUUGAAGAUUUGGAGGUCUUACUUGCUAGGUGAGACAGUACAGGUCUUCACGGAUCACAAGAGUUUGCAGCAUAUCUUCACUCAGCCGAUGAUGAACGCGAGACAGACGCGCUGGGUUGAGUUCUUGGCGGAUUAUCAGUUGAGCGAGAUGUGGAGUCUGGCUAGUGGGUGGAGAUCAGAUCUACUUAGCAGGAUCAGAGUUGCUCAGCAGAGUGAUCAGAGUUUGCUAGAUGCGACGAGAGUGACUGGUUCUGAGUAUGAGGUCUCUGCGAAUGGGACUAUCUUGGUUCGUGGGCGAGUUUGUGUGCCUAAGGAUGUGGAGUUGAGACAUCAGAUUUUGAGAGAGGCUCACGCGAGCAAGUUUUCCAUUCAUCCGGGAGCGACCAAGAUGUACCAUGACCUCAAGAGGUACUAUCAUUGGGUCGGGAUGAAGAGGGAUGUAGCAGACUGGGUUGCGAAGUGCAACACUUGUGCCUUGGUGAAGGCAGAGCAUCAGGUUCCGGGUGGUCUUUUGCAGAGUUUACCCAUUCCAGAGUGGAAGUGGGACAGGAUUACGAUGGAUUUCGUGGUUGGACUACCUGUUUCGGCAACGGCGCCAAAUUGA